AAUAAUCCGCGCUUUUAAACGCGGGUCAAAAUCUAGUUCCAGUGUUAUAAUUUAUAUUAUUUUGUUGUCAAAAAAAUAAAUUACAUUAUUAUAUUAUAUUGGAUUAUUACUAUCUUUUGGAUAAUUGGAAAGAUUUGACUCGAAAAAGAAUAAAGAAAAAGACCAGCGAUACCGUAUCUAUUAAAUUAAAUUGUAAAUUAAUAAAGUCGUUAAUUAAUUAAUUGAGAGAGAACAGCGACAGCGAAGGUUUCUGAUUGGAAACGAAACCGAAGUGAAGCCGUGUAGGAGACAGACAACAGCAAACAAACAAACAAAAAAAAAAUCAAACUCCUGUUUCUCUCAAUUACUCAAUUUCUCAUCGACCAUCGUCCUCUCCUUUCGAUUCCGAUCUUCCUUUUUUUUUCUGAAUUCGAAACGGCGUCUGGUUAAUGCCUGGAAGCCACGGGGAGAUUACGGUGGUUGAACAGAACAGAGUCGAUAACGACAACAAGAAGACAAGGAAGAAGAAGGAAGAGGAUGAUUCUGAGAACGGGAACCAAUUAGUAAAGCCCUUGAUUUCAAAACCCAGGAAGCAAUUUACAGACAGGUUCAGAAGAAACACAAAUCACGUUAUGGGUCGUGUAAAGGAGGAUGCUUUUCUGGAUGAGACCUCUCAGAAGAGAGGAGGAGGAGGAGGAGGAAGAGGUUCUCCUUCAUCUUCAGCUCGUGAUAUGCUGAGAGUUAUGUUGGAGAACAAUGAUUACUUCUCUGACGAGUGCAAUCCACAUCGAUGAUUACUUUUUUAAUUUGUUGUUGCUCAAUUUGUAUAGUACUUUUUUCUUCAUCUUCUGGUUAAGUCAAUCAAUGCCUAUGAGUGUUUUUCUUAUGAUGAUAUCUAAAAAAAUAGAAGAUUCUUGUCUUAA